AUGAUUAGAAGUCCCAAUCUGGACUCCUUUGUUUGUUGUGCAGUAUGUUCAAAAAUAAUCCCACCACCAUCUUCCAACGCUACUUUUGAUCGGAUUCGGGAGUAUAAGCCUUUCAGAACACGUUAUUACACUCAUAGUGAUAUACUGGAGAUUGGAGCAGACAUUCAACAAAAGCAACAUGAAAAGAAGGAAGCAGAGAUACAAGAGUACAUUGAAAAAAUGAAAGCUGAACUUUGUUCUCAGGCUGAAAUGCACAAGGAAGAUGCAGUGGAUAAAGCUAUCAAAGAGGCAGCUGCUAACCACAGUGCAUUUGUACAAGACCCUAAACAAAAACUUGGAAAGGAAUUAAAUAUAUGAACCAGUUUGGAAGAGGUGAGGAAGGCGAAGGCAGAGAUGCAGAAGUACAUGGAGGAUGUGCGGAAGAGAGACACUGAAGCUGCAGAGCAGCGCAUGGCUCACAGACUUCAGCGCGCCCUCAUGGAGUGUGCCCGGGAGAAGAUGCAAGCAGUGGCUGAAGCCAGGAAACAGGAGAGGGAGGCGGCCCUGAAGGAAGCAGCCAGGCAGCACAGAAAGCACUUCAAGCAACUCAAAGAAGAAAGUAUGUCAGCUGAGGAGGUGUAUCAUAAGAGUGUAGAGCAACUAAACAAAGGAAAAUGUCAUGAGAUUAAUAUUGCCCUGAGUAUUGCAAGAAAAGAGAAUCAGAUUGUGACUGAAAAAUAGCUCAAAGAAGCCAAGACCCUACAUCUUGAUGAGCUGGAGAAAGCAAUGGUUGCGCUGAAGGCAGCGGAAGAACGACAAAAACUGAAAAAGAUGACAGAUUGGAAGGACAGCCUGGAAACUGAAAUACAGGCAACAAGACAAACUUUUCAAAAGUAUGUUGAUGCCACAUUUCCUAACCUGUCCCCUGGACAAGCAGAUUUUAUUCUGCCAUUCAGAAAAGCAUUUGAACAGAUGGACACCCCAGAAGAAGCAGAGAACGGUGACAAGGAAUCUAAGAGACCUAGUAUUAGAAGUGUGAGAUUCACAGCCGUGGGUAAACAGAACUACAAAUAG